CUCACUUUCUAUUUCUCGCUUCUUCAGUGAUCAUGGCUAAAUUGCACACCCUUUUCAUUUUUCUUGCACUACUUUCCUACCAUGGUUCCCUUCUAGCACAUGCCAGGAAAAUAAAUAUUAAGCCAUGGAACCAACAUUCCCAACCAAACACAAAAACUGUAGCCAAUAUUAAUGUUCCAUUCGCUGAGUACGAGGAAGCUAGAAAAUUAGAAGAUGCAGGUGCAGGCAACACAAAUGCUUUCCGACCCACAACACCAGGAGGGAGUCCAGGUGUUGGCCAUCAAAUAAUUACAUCGAAAGAUAACAACAUGAAAUCACUGUUUGCAGUUCAGAGCCCAGAUGCUAAAGUUUCCGUCACUCAGGACUCUAAAGAUGAUUUUAAACCUACCGAUCCAGGUCACAGCCCUGGCGUUGGUCAUGAUGACAAAAACAAAAUUGGACAGUAAAAUUAGUGCAUGUAGACUAACGUUGUUCCAAAACUAGUGUAUGUUAUAUUUGGUUUUCCUUCUUCACAACACUUCUAUAUUCUUGCAUGCAACCAUAGUAGGGGCAUGGCUUUUAUUUGUUAUUGCUUGGGAUCAGUUUCUUAGAAUUUGUCUGUAUUUACAAUUGUAGGGUUGACUUCAUGUGUAAUGCAAAUUGUAAAAUAAAAAUAAAACAUGUAUCUAUUAUUCAAUUAUCU